AUGACCAACGCCAUUUCCAACCGCUUCUUUGUCUCCCUCUCCACUCCCCCAAACCACUUCCUCGUCCCUCCGCUCUCACAUUUUCGCCGCUUCCACCGGCCACAUCUCUACCGCAAACCACCGCUGCACGAACGCGCUUCUCGCUCGGUGACGCGCUUUUCCUCCGUCUCCUCCUCUUCUUAUUCUGGCAAGCCGGGGUUCGUGGGAUGGUAUCUGCGCAUGCUCGAAACUUAUCCUCUCAUUAUCAAGAGCGUAACCUCGUCACUUGUGUUCGCCGCGUCUGACAUCACUUCUCAGGUAACACCUUUUUGUGCUUCAUAUGAUCUUAUAAGGACACUGCGUAUGGCAAUAUAUGGACUGCUAAUCUUGGGGCCAACACAGCACACGUGGUUUGGUUUUCUAUCUAAAAUUUUCCCGAAGACAGAUUUGGCAUCAACCUUGAAGAAAAUCUUAAUGGGGCAACUUAUAUUAGGUCCUAUCAUCAAUGCUGUCUUCUUCUCCUAUAAUGGUGCUUGCCAAGGUGAAGGUGGAACUCAAAUUAUGGCCAGGUUGAAGCGAGAUCUACUUCCUACAUUGUUAAGUGGUGCUCUGUAUUGGCCUGUAUGUGAUUUUGUGACCUUGAGAUACCUUCCAGUUCGUUUGCAGCCACUGCUGAAUAGCACCUUCACAUAUGUAUGGACAAUAUUUUUAACGUACAUGGCAAACAGAGGGUGAGGCAUGUGCUUGGUUUGUACAUACGCACAUAAAGGAUUUUCAAGCAAUUUUCCGUUGCUUAGCAAAUCUCACCAGAUACAAGAAUCUUGGUAUUUACAAAUUUCUAAAUUUUAUUUCCAUUUUCUAUUCAAUUUUCUUUUUAAUU